GUCAAUUUCAGCGGUUGCCUUGGACACAUGACGCAUCUCUAGGCAUUUCCUUGUAACCAUGGAGCUGGGAGUUGACAGGGCCUUCCCAGCAUACGUCUCUCCGCUGGAGUCCAAGGGCUGCAGUGGGCGACAGAAGAACCGGAUUCCAGAGUUUAUCCAGAGGAGUGGGACAGGCAGCACAACAACCCAACAUUCCAAAGACAAAGGCGAGGAGAGGAGGAAAGGGGACAGCGGUGGUCCCAGGAAGAAUGCUGACAUGGCACCCACCUCCGGGUAUAUGAGUGACAGGAGGCAGUACUCUAUAAGGACCCCGGUGGCCACCACCACGGAGCAGCAGCAGGCCUCCAUCCUAAACAAGGAGCACCCAGAACACGAGCGACAGUGGGAAGGUAGCAGUAAUGAAGCAGACCAUCAACAGGAGUCCCCAGACAACCUCAACCCCUCUCAGGCUGACAUCUCGCCCUGCUCAGCUUCCAAAGAGGACCUCAACACCUCCCUGGGGAUGUCAGACCUCAGGACCAGGUUGUCACACGAAGAACCCACCUUCAGGUCAUUAUACCUGGGCAGCAGGCCCGGCCGACACAGCCCCUCCAGCCGACCCCUGGAGGUCCAUAGCUUCUCUACUCCACUCAGACCCAAGUGGACCUCCACUCUGCUAUCCUCCCUCUCGCCUUCCUACAUCUCCCAUUUGCGCCCCUCCAGACAGAGACGGACAGAGCUGAGAAUGGUUGCAGGUGAAGUUUAUCAAUCACGUGAAGAGGGAGGGGAAACGUAUCUAAACGUAGGCCCUUCAGUGGGCGACCCCAAGGGUCGCUCCAACCCUGCGCUCCACACCAUGUCCCCCCACCAGGCCAACUACUGGCCCUAUGCCAUUUCCAGCUCCCUGCCCCACUCCCCAGACCGACACUCUUCGAGCUGGGACCCUGAUAAGGAGUAUCAGACCCUCCUGGACUACACCUACCCCAUGAGGCCAAGUAAGGGGGUGGGUGGAUGGGAUACCUCAGAGCUCGGGGGUGGGUCUCUCAUUCAGACAGACCCAGGCCUCCUGGAUUCGGGGAUAGAACUGGACCGUCUUUGCAGCUCCAUCAGCCUAUCAGCUUUGGACUUUUCCCUAAGUGUCACGGCAGGGGUGGGCACUAGUAGGGCCAGGGAGAUGGGGAUGCUGGGUAUAGGUCAGAGGUCAUCUGAGCUGCGUGGGUUCUCACACUCCAAGUCCUCAGAUGGUCGCCUCUCCACUAGCCCCUUCUUCUCAGCAGACCCUAUUGGUCUAUCAGUAGAGAGUCUGGACUAUAGUGGAAGUGGUGGUGGUCUGAACCAUUCACAUUGUAGCGGGGGAGGUCACUACCGCCAACAUGGCAGCUCCUCCUCCUCUUCCACCACGUUCAUCCGCAGAACCAGUGUCCUUCCCCGGCCAGGGUACCUCGGAGAGUGGGAUUGGGACGAGGAGUUCUGGCCUCUCCCGGAGCAGCUGGAGGAGCUCCAGGGUUUGUCCCAGCAGGUCAGGGAGGUGACAGCCCAACUCAGCCAGUCUGUCACAGCCUAUUGGGACUCCCUGGAGAGGGUGAACACCUCCGUCCAGUCCUGCAUGACCAUGGCAGAGAAACAGGAGGCAGAGGAGGAGAGAGAAGAACAGGAGCAGAAUAAGGAGGAAGAAAGGGAGGAAGAGAAGGAGAAAGAGGAAGAGUCCAUUUCUGAAGCACUUCAACACUUCAAUAAAGCGAGCAAUUGUGGGGAGUCCUUCCAGGCAGCCAGAGGCCCUGGUUUUAGGAUGGAGGCUGGGGUAGUAAGCAGGGGAGUGAGAAUGGCCAGUCUGAGGGAGGCGGCAGGCAUGGUGGGUGGACUAACCCUGCCUGAGUUCCAGACGGGGAGCCAGGGGGAGCAGGAGCAAAGGGAGUCCCUCAUGCAGCACAUCCAGACCUUCUGUUCUAACCUGGAGGAGCUCAUCCAAUGGCUGUACACGGUGGUGGAGAGGAUGGAGGUGCUGGAGCCGCCCACUGUGGAAAUCAAGAGUGUCAAGUCAUCCCUGGCGGAUUAUAAGAGGUUUCAGACAGAAGUGAACGCCCACCAGCCCCUGACCACCUCUAUUCUGCAAACUGGAGGGCUUCUCCUGGGUUGUUUGACCUCCACUUCUCCCGUUCUGAAAGAGACCCUCUGUCUUAUUGAGAGGCAGUCCAAGGCGCUGGAGACCCACUCAGAGCACCUCUUCUCCUCUAUUAUCUCGGUCAUGGACAGACUGCCCCAGCCCAGGGAACCCAGUGGGAGAGAGGAGACCCAGGCAGGAGACCCGGAUGGGAUGGCGGUCCAGAGGACCGCUCAGUGAAGGUUACAUUCGAGGCAUGGAUAGUAUGUUUCUACGGUUAUGUAGAGAUUGGGAUAUGAUUACUCUAUAGCACCCUCUAGUGACAUGUUAUCAGGUUUAUUAUUUAUCAUCAGAAGUCAGUUUUCUCCUAUUCUCUUUCAGUAAUGAAGAAUGAGUGUGGAUUGGUGGAGCAGGCUUGAUGAGGGGGAGGAGCUUCUUCACUUUGACUUGCCUUAAAGGAUUGGUUCACAUUUUUUUUCACCAAAUGUUAACAUUUUUAUGUCAAUGGUAUGUUUUGAGAAACUUAGACCACUCGCAAUAGACUUCCUUAUUGCUUGUCCUGCAGUGUGGGGGCUAUGGAAAAACAUUAACAAAGGCUGGUAGGGGAUACUGCUCGAGUCGCACAAACUGGAAUAAUAUAAUGGUUCAGAUAAAGUUCAGAAUUACAUCAUUUCAUGUGUACAACAUCUAAUGACCUGUAUCACUAAAAUAAUGUAUUUGGGUGUUUUUGGAGCCUUUGUUUGUGUUUUUCCACAGCCCCCAUACUGCAGAGCAUGCAAUAAGGAAGUCUAUUGCGGGUGGUCUAAGUUUCUCAAAACCAAGUGAAAUCGCCCAAAAAAUGUCUGUACCCUUCAUGCAUGCAAUUUAUAUCACAAAUAGACAUUUGGUUAAAAAAUUGUGGAACGAUCCUUGCUGUGUUGAAAAGAGACCGCUUGACCGUUGUCAUGCUAUUGAUUCAUAAUUUUGUUAAGUGCUUUUUAAA